GUGGCUUCUCUUGAUUAGUCUUGCUUGCACUCUGCUUAUUAGCUGCAGUGGAGCAGCCAACAAAGAUCGAAAGGAGUACAUUGUGUACAUGGGUGACCUUCCAAAAGGUCAAGUGUCGGCGUCAUCCCUCCACGCUAACAUACUUCAACAAGUCACCGGCAGUAGUGCCUCCCAAUAUCUCCUCCAUAGCUACAAGAAGAGCUUCAACGGAUUUGUCGCAAAGUUGACCGAGGAGGAGUCGAAGAAACUGUCCGGCAUGGACGGGGUUGUGUCUGUGUUCCCAAAUGGAAAGAAGAAACUCCUUACCACAAGGUCGUGGGACUUCAUCGGCUUCCCCCUGGAAGCUAAUAGAACAACUACUGAAAGUGACAUUAUUGUUGGAAUGCUGGACACUGGGAUCUGGCCUGAGGCUGAUAGUUUCAGUGAUGAAGGGUAUGGUCCACCACCAACCAAAUGGCAGGGCACUUGUCAAACCUCAUCCAAUUUCACCUGCAACAAUAAAAUCAUUGGAGCUAGAUACUACAGGAGUGAUGGAAAUGUACCCCCAGAAGAUUUUGCAUCACCAAGAGAUACAGAAGGCCAUGGGACACAUACUGCAUCCACAGCAGCUGGAAACGUAGUUAGUGGGGCAAGCUUACUGGGCCUUGGCGCAGGAACAGCUCGAGGAGGGACUCCUUCAGCCCGCAUUGCAGUGUAUAAGAUAUGUUGGGCAGAUGGUUGUUAUGAUGCAGAUAUCCUUGCAGCGUUUGAUGAUGCAAUUGCGGAUGGAGUUAAUAUUAUCUCUCUUUCAGUUGGGGGAUCCUUUCCUCUGGAUUACUUUGAAGAUUCAAUUGCGAUUGGAGCUUUCCAUUCCAUGAAGAAUGGGAUACUCACAUCUAAUGCUGCUGGUAAUUCGGGUCCUGAUCCUGCUUCUAUCACAAAUUUCUCGCCUUGGUCUCUCUCAGUUGCUGCUAGCGUCAUUGACAGAAAGUUUCUGACCGCGUUGCACUUAGGAAACAACAUGACUUAUGAGGGAGAACUCCCUCUAAAUACUUUCGAGAUGAAUGAUAUGGUCCCUCUCAUUUAUGGUGGAGAUGCGCCGAACACGUCCACAGGAUCUGAUGGAUAUAGUUCCAGGUACUGCUACGAGGGCUCCUUGAACAUGUCUCUGGUAACGGGUAAAAUUGUACUCUGUGACGAGUUGAGUGAUGGGGUGGGAGCAAUGAGUGCUGGAGCAGUAGGUACUGUAAUGCUAAAUGAUGUCUACACAGAUUUGUCUUUAGCUUUCCCCUUACCUACAUCCUGCUUGGACUCCAACUAUACUACCAACGUUCAUGAGUAUAUAAAUUCAACUAGCACACCAACCGCAAAUAUACCGAAAAGCACCGAGGCUAAAAAUGAAUUGGCACCAUAUGUAGUUUGGUUUUCGUCGAGGGGCCCAAACCCUAUUACCCGUGACAUUCUCAGUCCUGACAUCGCCGCGCCAGGAGUUGACAUUCUAGCAGCAUGGACAGAAGCUUCAAGUUUGACAGGAGUUCCAGGGGAUACAAGAGUAGUUCCAUACAAUAUCAUUUCAGGGACGUCCAUGGCUUGUCCACAUGCUUCCGGGGCUGCUGCCUACGUUAAAUCAUUUCACCCAACAUGGUCUCCUGCUGCUAUCAAGUCUGCCUUAAUGACAACUGCUUCACCCUUGAGUGCUGAAACCAACACCGACCUGGAGUUUUCUUAUGGGGCAGGUCAGUUGAAUCCCCUACAGGCUGCAAAUCCUGGUUUGGUGUAUGAUGCUGGGGAGGCAGAUUACAUCAAGUUUUUGUGUGGACAAGGCUAUAACACUACAAAGUUGCACCUUGUCACGGGAGAAAACAUCACUUGUUCUGCGGCCACAAAUGGAACUGUUUGGGAUUUAAACUACCCUUCUUUUGCUAUAUCUACUGAGCAUGAGGCAGGAGUUAAUCGCACCUUCACUAGAACUGUCACAAACGUCGGAUCACCAGUCUCAACUUACAAGGCAAUUGUGGUUGGCCCUCCAGAGUUCAGUAUCAAAGUUGAACCAGGUGUACUUUCAUUCAAAUCCCUUGGGGAGACGCAAACCUUCACUGUCACUGUUGGUGUGGCAGCACUAAGUAACCCUGUAAUAUCAGGCUCUUUGGUGUGGGAUGAUGGGGUUUACAAAGUGAGGAGCCCCAUAGUUGCUUAUGUUUUUUAGUCAAAUAUCUAGUUUCAUACAUCUUAGUUGGUUCUUAUUUAAUUGAAUAAACAGAAGAGAUGUGGUAUGUAUUGUAAUAAAAUCCAACGCAAU